AUGGCAGAUCAAAGAUUACCUGUUUUUCCCACACGAAUGAAUUUGAAAAUUAUUGAUAACAAAGAAAAAAGUGCUGAGAAAGGUAGAAUACUAUUAAAACGUAAAAGCGAUUCACUUAAACAGAAAUUUAAAAAUAUACAAAAAGAUUUAUUUGAAAAGAAAAAAGAUAUUAAUCAAAUGCUUAAAGAUGCAUUUUUUAAACUUUCAGAAGCCGAAUAUCUGGGCGCAAAUGUACAAUCCUAUAUUCAAGAAUGUCAGAAACAGCCUUUGUAUGUAAAAACAUCUGUAGAAGUUAUAUCUGGUGUUACACUGAUCAAUUUUAAACUUGAUAAAUCCAAUAUAAGUAAUAUUUUAUGGCUUGAUAGAAGCGGACAAGUACUAAAUGAAUGUAGAAAUAAUUUUUUGAAUGUCGUUGAGCUUUUAAUUGAACUGUCUGCGCUAAGUAACAGUUUUAAAAUAUUAGAGCAUGUAUUAAUGUCUACAAACAGAAGAGUUAAUGCGUUGGAGUUUAGUGUUAUCCCAAAAUUACAAAAUACAAUGAGUUAUAUUAAUUCAGAGUUAGAUGAACAAGAUAGAGAAGAGUUUUUUAGACUAAAAAAAAUUCAAGGAUUGAAAAAUAAAAAAUAA